GUGUGUUGUGAUAGUAAACUUGACCAAUCAGCGCACCUAUUGCGAUCAGGAUUAAACUACGCCACAAUCUUGCAGAAGUCGGAAUCCGAGCGUUACGCGCAGCGUGUGGCACACCGCAAGUCGUCAACGCUGGUUAAUACCAGGAGAUUAUAGUGUGGCGCUUGAUAACACCAGUUUUAUUUCGCGUUAUCGUUGUCAGGAAACAACAUUGGGGACUCACUAAAAGCGCCGAUGUUGUUGGAAGCGAUUGGGGGUGUAAUAUUGCCCCUAAAACAGUUUGCGGCACAGGUGAAAGGUGUCUUACGCGCCGUAACACGAAACAGUCCGAGCACUAUAAUAGCACUGUAAGCUGCAAGGUAUGGCACAGCGCGCGUCAAGUUUCUGCUCAACUCCUCUUCGUCCAUCCAUGAGUUUCGCGUCAAGUUCUCGUACCUGCACCUAUGAGAAAUUAAUCAUGUUUCUCAGAAAAUGGAGAUGGAGUGUAGUGCUUCUAGUUGCUUUCGUUUUUCUUGCAACAAUCACCUCUUUUUCGACUCAGUUCACAUCAUCGAGGACAUCCAUCUUCCCAUCAGGCCACCACAAACACACUCCGAGCUCACAUGCGUGUCCAACAAGACCACCCAUGCCAGUGAUAACUCCAAACACUGGAGAUCGCUUCAACUGGAGAGUAAUCCCGAGUCGACACCCAGUCGAUGAGUAUGCGCAGCUAUCCUCACAAAAGCCUUCGUCUAGGAACACUUUGCAAAGAUCUCCUCACCCGAAGUUGUCAGAUGCUGAAGCUAUUUUUCUUCGACGAGCGGCUGUUAAGGAGACCUUUCAAAGAUGCUGGAAGUCUUACAGGGAACGCGCAUGGAUGAAAGACGAACUCGCACCUGUUUCGGGUCAGCCUCGAGAUACCCAAUUUGGUGGCUGGGGAGCUACAUUGGUCGACUCAUUAGACACGUUGUGGAUCAUGGGGAUGGAAGAGGAAUUCGCCGAAGCCGUCGAAGCAGCCCUGAAGAUCGACUUCAGACCAAGCGAUGAUCGCGAGAAUGAGAUCAAUAUGUUCGAGAUUAUUAUACGCUAUCUGGGAGGCUUCAUAGGCGCCUACGACGUUUCUGGUUGCCACGACGCCCGCCUUCUAAACAAGGCUCUCGAAGUAGCGGACAUGGCUUAUGCGACUUUCGAUACACCCAACCGGAUGCCUGUGUCGAGAUGGAAACCAGGAAAGGCAGCAGAUGGCGAAGAGCAGCUGCCAGCGCUCUCAGUACUCAUAGCUGAAGCCGCUUCCGCUAGUGUGGAGUUCACUCGUCUCUCGCAAAUCACCGGGGAUAUGCGGUAUUUCGACGCCAUCUCUAGGGUUACCGACGUGCUUGAUGAGCAGCAAGGGUCUACGAAGCUUCCUGGAAUGUGGCCGAUCAGUGUCGAUAUGAGGACACCCAAUUUGACUUUCGACGCUUUCUUUGGGCUGGGUGCCAUGGCCGACUCGGCGUUUGAGUAUCUGCCAAAGAUGUAUCAGUUACUCAAUGGAAACGAGCCGGCUGGUCAGUAUCGCAAGAUGUACGAUUUCGCGAUGGAUACAGCGAUAACGCACACCAUGUUUCGACCCAUGGUAGAAGACAAAGCCGACGUCUUGAUCGCAACCGCGAAGCAUGAUGGCCCAGAUGGACAGAGAGACGAUACUGGGCAGCAUCUGGUAUGCUAUGCUGGAGGUAUGCUGGCGCUUGGUGGGCGGCUCUUCGACAACCAGACCCAUCUUGACGUGGGACGUAAGAUCUCUGAUGGUUGCGCGUGGACGUAUAAGAAUGCACCGAACGGAAUCAUGCCUGAAGUCUUUUCAAUGACACCUUGCCCAUCGGGGUCAGAAUGCGAUUACACGCCAGGCGCAAAGCCGUUCAGCGCAGUCCAUGAUGGUCGUUACAUUCUCCGACCAGAAGCGAUCGAGUCAAUCUUCUACAUGUUCCGGCUCACGGGUGAGAGUAAGUAUCAAGAGAUCGCGUGGGAUAUGUUCCAGGCCAUUGAGACGAAUACGAAGACUGAGUUUGGUAACGCUGCACUCCAAGACAUUAUGGCGACCCCGCCGCCCAAGAGCGACAGCAUGGAGAGCUUCUGGUUAGCCGAAACCCUCAAAUAUUUCUAUCUCAUUUUUAGCGACCACGAUGAAGUCAGCUUGGACGACUUCGUUUUCAAUACUGAAGCGCAUCCAUUUCGGAUACCUUACCGUUAAUGUCUCGAUCAGAUCGGUACAGGGUGGGGGCGGUUUCCUGUGGCGUUGGUAAUGAAUUGCGAACGCGUAUUGCAUAUUAGAUCCGAUGAAUGGACUUUGGCUUGACUCAAAAAUGCCACAUGAAUGGCUGCGCAAGGUAGCUCUAUGCCGACAAUGCUGAUGGUUGACGAGAGUGUCGCGUUGCGCGCUGGGCGGUGUUGACCGGGCGGGUUCCAGAAGAGGGAAGACGGGGACCGGCACCGGCAACCAAGCUUUCCCAAAAAGCUUGAGCACGGAUGGCGUUGCUUCGAGUCUUGACUUUCGA